GGACACAUUCCUCGUCACAAUUCUACAGCAUACCUGCUACCUUUACCCAAAACCUGGCAGUCUUUAGAAAUUCAAUAAACACUGCAAAAUACAAACUGACAAAUAACAAAAAACAGGUUUGUAAGAAUUGUCAGCGCAUAUCUUAACUGAAUGGUUCAUUUGACAAUCACAUGCACUUUCAGACUGAAAGUACCAAGUGGUUUAUUAGCUGAAACUAUGUCAUUGAUUGCAUAUUCACGGUAUAUCCUGUUGUAAUUAUGACUGUAGACUUUGAUCAGUAAUAAAGUGGUGGGGAGUGGAUCCUGGGACUAAAGGUGAUUGUAGUCUUUACCAACUAUAUAUUAUUAUACACAUCCAGAGCGGAAAGCACAACCAUACUAUUUUGCUCUUCCAAAGGGGUUUCCCUUACUCCACUAAACAAAAAUAUGGACAGAACAAAAUAUCUAAAGUGUAAACUGGAUGUCUCCAGAUGAAUCACUGUUUGGGAUGGUUCGGAACUAAGAGUACUAAGCUGAAUGACUGAACUGCAUAUGAAUGGUUUUAGAAACUAAAGGUACGAUGGUGUUUGUUGGUCUUAUUGCUCUGGUUUCCAGCCUUGUUGUUGUUGGAUCUACAGAAGUCCAGGGAGCACGGUCCAUGUAUCCUUUUUCGAAAUGUCAGUGGGAUAAAGGAUACUCAAUGAUUUGCUCAUUCACUGGCAUGACAGCCUUGCCCUUGUUUGACCCAGGACAAAAUCCUAGGAGCAAGCCUUACUGGUUCAGCUCAGUAGAUCUGUGGAGGGCAAUGAAGCAUAUAGAUCUGAGUAACAAUGUGAUACAAACAUUCAACGUAAGAACAUUCUAUAACUUCAUUGGCUUGGAAACAUUAAAUUUAAGCACAAAUCAUAUCUACAGGGUUUCACUUUACAUGUACGGAAGGGAUCGUAAACAAGAUGUAAAAAACGUGAUUCUGCCGGCAUUGAAAACCCUACUGCUUGAUAGAAACAGAUUAAACGCUCUUCCAGAAGGACUUGGAAAUCUGAAAUCUCUGCAAACCCUGCAAGUAUCAUUCAACAGCAUUACUCGCAUCAACCAGGAUGAUUUUGCAAACUGCACUGAGUUAAAGACAAUAGAUUUGAGAGGAAAUAGGAUCUUUGAGAUACAUCCAGAUGCAUUCCGAGACACCAUAAAACUCAAGGUUCUGAGCCUAAGAAGCAAUGCACUCAUUUCAUUUUCACCAAUGGUUUUCAUGUAUUCCCAUAUGCUGCCUGUAGAUGUUGAUAUAUCUGAUAAUCCAUGGACAUGUGACUGUAGAUUGUGGGAUUUAAGAAAUGUUCUCAGCUUCCUGUCUGCUUAUAUGAACAAGGAGUGGAAUGUUACUUGCAGGGCUCCUAUUUAUGCUGUUGGACAACCCCUGCUUAGUAUCAAAGCUCUCCAUUCCGCCUGCGCGAUGUCUUUGGAUUCUACCAAUGCAACAAAAAUAAAUGUUACAGCAGGAAAACAGAUUGUUCUAACUUGUGACAUAAGCAACGCAUCUGGUAAUCAAAACACAUUUUGGUGGACUCCCCGAGGAUUAGUUUUUGCAAAACAUAAAGAUUCCAAUAAUUUCAUUGACAAGAUGAAAAACUUGGUUCUCACAAUAUCCAGUAGCAAUGAUGAAGGAUUAUACCUCUGUGUUUCUUACCUUAUGCAGAAAAGAAAAGUGUACAAAGUAUAUGUUCAUAAAGAAGAUUCAACUACACUUCGAAGGAGCCCCAGAGAUGUCCGAGCAGAAGUUACCCAAGGCAAGACACAACAAGAGUUCACCCUAGCAGUCUGCCUUUCCGUCAUCAUUUCAUUCAUUUGUGCAUUUUGCCUUGGCGUGUUUGUUAGGCCAUUUCUUGAGAAGCUUUGGAAAAAACGCUGCAAAUUUAAAAAAAGCAAAAAACAAAACUCAGAAGCCACCUAUGAGAAUGAAGGAUUUACAGAGGAACCCUCAGUAGAUGGGGCUUUUAGAAAUGUAUCAAUGAAUAAUAAAUGCAUAUUGAGAGACAAGUCUGAAGCAGACUCCUCUUCUGGAAGUUGUAUCAUUAUCCACGAAGGACAAAAAGGGGGUACUUUAAUAGAAAAUACCAAGAUGACUAAUCAUUGUGAAUAUUCCAACCCUAGUGAGCAUAAUUCAGUUGUGAAAAAAGAUGUAGAAAGUGAAACUGAAUGUCAUAUACAAACUCCUUCCCCUAGCAUUGUUGAUGCAAAGUUCCAGAGACGCGGGACGUAUAAAAUAAUGGAAAACAAAGGUGAAAGUUCAGAUAAGGCUAUUCCAGCCAAUAAUAACUUCCCUGAAGUCAAGCAUGUUGUAUCCUGCGAAAUUGAUGAAAAUCUACAUGGGAAUGACAUUCCUCAAAUAAGUCAGAAACAUCAUCAGUCAGAGACAAUUUUAAAAUAUCCUGACACAACUGGUGUAAAUAAUGGAGAAGGUGUAACUUCUGAAAUAUUGAGAAGCCCUAAGCAUAGACAGCUCUUCCUAGCUGGAAAUCAACAUUUUCCACUGAAUCCAGAGGUCAGAGGAGAUGAACAAGACCACACAGCUUCCAAUCUGUCCAAUGGUAUGGAUAACCUGUUACAUUCCAGAAAUUCAGAUUCUGAGCAAAACAGACAUUUACAUUCUUCGGAUAUGCACAACCAGCAUGCUAACAGCAGUUCUUCGGAUGAUGGAUCCAUCUUCAGUUUCAGCCUUUCCAAUUCUUUGUCAGAUACCUCUGAGUUUAUUGACAUAAAUAGUGAGGAUGAAGUGCGUGACACUCAGCCACAUAUCAAUGAUUUGGGAGAAGAACUGAAUGUAAAGUCAUCACAGUCCCCUUGUGAAUAUACCAGUAUGAGUGCUAGUGAUCUCAGCACGUCUAGAGUUUCAAAGAAAAAUACAGCUUCUCCAGCUCAAAUUGAGAAUACUGAUUUUGUUGUGAACGAAGGCCCAACUAAUGAGGGUAUUGCCCCCAUAUCCCAAUCAAGUCAGGGCAAUGAAAACAACUUCUUCAAAUGGGACUCGCAGGACAGUGCAUCUAAUAAAUUUCAUGAAAACAACAAAAAACGUCCUUUGGAGACAGCUGAGCCUAGGGCAACAAACUCUCAAAUGUAUAUCACAAGAUCAGGAGGAAUCAGUAAUGACAAAACAACCGUUAAUCACAGUCCAUUUUUAAUUUUACAGAAGCAGUCAGAGACAACAAACAUGGAUCAAUGCACAAGUGGUACAUCACUCAGUAUCUCUGAUAAAAGUGAGAAUGCCAAUGACAUCAUUGAUGUUGCUAGGACACAGCAAUGUAUGCAAACCCAACAUUCUGACAUUACAGCUGCUGCUAAUGAUCCAUAUAAAAGAGAAGCUGUGCUACAUUGGUUGAAAACUUCUACAAGUGACUAUGUUGCAGCCCAAGCAACAAAUCUUGGAGAUCUGACAUCUGAGGAUGAGGGUUCUUUGGAAUUUAACUCACAAGAGAACAAGAGAAGGGCUUCCCUAGAUCGAAUUUCACAAGUGAGCAAGGAGGACAACUUAAUGGGUCUUGCCCCAGAGGAAAUGAAGGAUUUUAAUUCCUAUGAAAGGAAACCAACACAAAAAUCUUCUGACAUGGAUGAUCACCUAAGUGGGCUUGACAAAUUCUAUAAAAAACAUGAAUAUAGUGAACAUGAUUUUAAUGAAAUUAAUGCAAACACACCUGUUAUAGGUUUGGACACAAACGUUAACGGAGGGACCACAUCUCUUCCUCUUAGCAUGAACAUGUGGCCUUCUUCUAAAGUGUCAAGAAGUCCUGGGGGUUACUUUAUAAAAAGGAAAAAAGUUUUUGAUGCUUUUUCUGCAUCCAUGAAGAAUGGACAGAAUAUAAAUUAACAGGUAUCCAAUAAAAAUAAAUACAUUUAAAAAAACAGAAACGUAAGGGUUAAAUAUUAGCACAAACAAAUAUGUGUGAAUGUACCUAGAAACAGAUGCAGAAAUGUGAUGCAUUUAUAGUACAUGUAUGAUAUUUUAUAUAACAGUGUAAUACAUGGUCAAGAAAACAAAAAAA